AUGGAUGAUUCAAUGGAUGAUUCGGUGUUCGAUAACAAAGAUGAUUCCGAGGAUUUUGCACCUCCUUCGAAACCAAAAGUAAAACCCGUGGCUAAAAAGCCUCCUGCGUCCAAAGCUACAAAAAUAUCCAAGGCGCCGAAGGUACCCAAAGCACCAAAGGCAACUAAAGCACCGCCAAAAAAGAUGGUGCAGACAUCUUUGAAAAGCGUAAAACCUAUCACAAAAAAACGCCCAAGCGUGCAAGAUGACGAUGACGAUGAUGACGAUAACGUUGAAACUGACACGAACAAUUCUUCGCAGAAUGAACGCAGACUUCCUGAAUCCCCACCGAGUGCAAAGAAACAGAAGAAAGGAGAUCACCCAAACGGUAUAAAUCCCCCCUCGGACAUCGAAGAUAACGACAAAAGCGCCGAUGUUCCGCCAGUUCAAAAGGCAAAAAAGAAGAAGGAUGCUACCGAUCAGUAUCAAAAGCUCACACAGCUAGAGCACAUUAUUAAGCGCCCAGAUACUUACAUUGGAUCGGUCGAACGCACAGAGCAGACAAUGUGGGUUUUUAACUCUGAGACUAACCAAAUGGAAUUCCGAAAAGUGCAAUUCGUUCCUGGACUCUACAAAAUAUUUGAUGAGAUUCUGGUCAAUGCCGCAGACCACAAACAAGUCGAUCCCAAUAUGAAGCAAAUCAAAGUUAUCAUAGAUCGAGAAAAAGGCGAGAUAAGCGUGGAGAAUGACGGACGUGGUAUUCCCGUAGAGAUCCAUAAAAAAGAAAAAGUUUACAUACCUGAGAUGAUAUUCGGUCACCUCUUAACUGGUUCAAAUUACGACGAUGAUGAGGAAAAGACCACAGGUGGUCGAAAUGGUUAUGGUGCUAAACUGUGUAAUAUCUUCAGCACACAGUUUACUUUAGAAACCCAAGAUUCGACAAAUGUGAAGCGGUACAAGCAGACCUGGACAGAUAACAUGGGCAAGAUGGAUAAAGCUAAAAUCACAACUUCUAAGACCUCAGAUUUUACUCGGGUAACCUUUACUCCUGAUUACAAGCGCUUCAAAAUGGAAGGAAUAGAUGAUGAUUUUGAAGCGCUAAUGAAGCGACGCGUUUAUGACAUGGCUGGAACCGUUAAAAAAGUAAAGGUUUUCCUCAAUGGUACUCAAAUCAAGAUGGAUUUCAAGAAAUACAUGGAAAUGUACGCCAAAGCAAUAAAUCGAGAGCGUGGUCUUGAAGGGCCUGAAAACGAUAAAGUGACUGUUAUCGUUGAAAAUAAUGACACACACGAAAAAUGGGAGGUUGGCUUUGCUGUCUCGGACGGCUCCUUCCAACAGGUAUCCUUUGUUAACUCAAUAGCAACCACAUCAGGUGGUACUCAUGUCAACUAUAUUGCUGAUCAAAUAUGCGAGAAACUAAUGGAAGUUGUCAAGAAAAAGAACGCCAAAGGAGCUGUACUCAAAACCAACCAAAUCCGGAAUCAUAUUUUCUUGUUUGUCAAUUGCUUGAUUGUGAAUCCUGCGUUUACAUCACAAACUAAAGAGCAGCUAACAACGAGGCCUAAGCAAUUUGGUAGCAAAUGCGUUCUUUCGGACAAAUUCCUCAAAGACAUCGCGAAGACUGACGCUGUUCAAAACAUCCUCAACUUUGCACAAGCAAAAGCGGAUCAAGUUCUAGCAAAAAGUGAUGGUAACCGAAGAUCUAGAAUGAAUAAUCCCAAGCUUGUAGAUGCCAACUUGGCAGGCACCAAACGUGGCCAUGAAUGCACAUUAAUAUUGACAGAAGGAGAUUCAGCCAAAGGCCUGGCCGUCGCUGGUCGGGCCAUCCUAGACCCUGAUCGUAUUGGCGUAUUUCCGCUUCGAGGAAAGUUACUCAAUGUGCGGGACGCUACAAUCGAGCAGAUAUCUAAGAAUGCAGAAAUCCAAAAUAUUAAACAAUUUCUAGGAUUGAAGCACAAACAAGUCUAUAAAGAGACAACCGGACUCCGGUACGGCCAUCUCAUGAUUAUGGCUGAUCAAGACCACGAUGGAUCGCAUAUUAAAGGUUUAUUGAUUAAUUUCUUACAAGUUCAGUUUCCUAGUCUUCUAAAACUGCCCGAUUUUUUCCGGGAAUUCAUAACACCUAUUGUCAAAGUCUGGAAAGGUCCCAAUCCUAAGAAGCCUAUUGGCCAAAGAUCGUUCUUUACCCUACCCGAAUAUGAAGAGUGGAGAGAAAGGCACACCAAUGAUAAAGGCUGGCGGCACAAGUACUUCAAAGGUCUGGGUACUAGUUUACCCGAAGACGCGCAGGUCUACUUCAGUAACCUCGAUGAUCACUUGCGAGAAUUUGAAACCAUAAAGCCCGAAGAAGAAGAUCUGAUUGAUUUGGCAUUCUCGAAAAAGAAGGCAGAUGCUCGAAAACAGUGGCUUGGAAACUUCAUACCCGGAACAUUCUUGGACCAUUCCACGCGAACUCUCACUUACGAUAAUUUUGUAAACAAAGAAUUAAUUCUAUUUUCCAUGGCUGAUAAUCUCCGUUCAAUUCCAUCUGUCAUUGAUGGGUUCAAGCCUGGACAAAGAAAAGUUAUGUAUGCUUGUUUUAAACGUAACUUAAUACGUGAUAUGAAGGUUGUUGAACUAGCUGGUUACGUCUCAGAAAAUACAGCUUAUCAUCACGGAGAAGCCUCCAUGCAUCAAACAAUCAUAGGCUUGGCGCAGAAUUUCGUUGGAUCUAACAAUAUCAACUGUCUUGAGCCUAGUGGAUCUUUUGGUAGUCGACUUGCUGGAGGGAGCGAUGCAGCUAGUCCUCGAUACAUUUUCACAAGACUUUCUCCAUUUGCUAGACGCGUCUUCUCGCCCCUAGAUGGCCCCCUCUAUGAGCAUAAUGUAGACGACGGAAGGGCCAUCGAGCCUACAAUGUAUUGUCCCGUGGUACCCAUGGUAUUGGUCAACGGAGCUGAUGGAAUUGGUACCGGAUGGAGCACAACCAUUCCAAACUAUCACCCAAUUGACAUUAUCAACAACUUGAAGCGUCGCAUGGGACGAGCCGAUGGGGUUAGUGAGGAAGAACCGUUCAGUACUAUGACGCCUUGGUUCCGUGGCUGGAAAGGUACUCCCCAGGUUGCAGGACCCAUGCGUUAUAAUUUCGAUGGGAUAGUUCGUUGCGUCAGCGACAACGAGGUUGAAAUAACCGAAUUACCUAUCAGAAUGUGGACGGAUGAUUUCAAAGCUAAACUCGAAGAAAUUAUCAAGGGCGAAAAAGCACCCUCUUUCAUUAAAGAUUACAAAGAGUACAAUGACCACAAGAGCGUACAUUUUAUUGUGCAGAUCGAUGACAAGCACAUCAAACCCGAUAUGGAAGACGGCUUACUUGAAAAGUUUAAACUUCAUAAAACCGUUGCCACCUCUAAUCUCGUAGCUUUCGAUACAAGAGGUCAGAUUCGCAAGUAUGAAAAGGUCGAGGAUAUCCUCGAGGAAUACUACGUUUAUCGAUUAGAAAUGUAUACCAAAAGAAAGGCAUACUGGCUCGAAAAAAUCAAUACAGAAUAUAGAAAACUUCGAAAUCAAGCUAGGUUUGUCCUGGAAAUUAUCGACAACAAGCUCAUAAUAUCCAAAAAGAAGAAACCUGUACUCGUUGCAGAGUUACGUCAGCUCGGAUACGACGCCUUUCCGAAAGUUAAGGAUGCUCAAAAAUCUGGCGAAGCAGAGGAGGUUGUUGAUAACGAUGACGAUGAUGCUGAUGAAGAAUCAGGCGCUAAAGACUUUGACUACUUAUUGGGUCUUCCCCUAUGGUCUUUGACUCAGGAACGUGUAGACAAGCUUAAAGCUCAAAUGAUGAGUAAAAAAGAAGAACAUGAUGAUCUUGAAAAACUUAGCGAAAAAGAUCUAUGGUGUCAAGACCUUGACGAACUUGUAAAAGAGUGGGAAAAUCAACUAAAAGAAGAAGAAGACUAUCAGAAAUCCGUCCGAAACACCAAUCGUCGUGCUUCACGUAAAAUUGGGGCAGGAGGGAAAAAUGCGCGUGUUCGAGCACGGAAAGAUGAUGCAGAAUAUAAUCCUAAGCCUCUCAAGAGCAAUGCAUCCAAAGCUGUAGCUACACAACAAAAGACUCACCAAAAGUUUAUCGAUAAUUUCACAAAACCUAAGAAAAGCAAGACUACGGGUUCUGAUGAUGUAAAAUCUAACAAUUCUGAUGAUGAGUUUGAUGCCGGUGCAAUACUUGCCUCAAAGAAUGCUCUCAAGGAACCAUCUCAGCCACCUGUUGUCAAACCAAGCAGAAUAACUAGCAAACGUGCUAAAACUGUUGCUUCCACAAAAAGAAGCAGUGUUGAGAAAAAUGAGGACGAAUCCGCCAGCAGUGAUUAUAGCUUUGUUGAUGACAUCGGAGAUAUUGGUAAUCUAGUGAAAGGCAUAGAGGGAGAUGAAAAGAAUGCCACAUCUAGCUCCACUGGUCGUAUGUCGCUCUUUGCUUCCCAAAGAAGUGGCAGUCGUGGGCCUAGCAAUGUUCUUCCCCAACUAAGAUCAAAGCCCUCUAGAGGUUUUAUCGACGAUGAUGAUGGCGAAGAUGAUACUAACUAUGAAAUGCUGGCUCGAUCAUCUCCUCAAAAAUCAGGGCUUACCAAGGAUAUACUCGAUAGCUACCUAUCCGAUGAUGAUACGGUACCGAUAACCCAACAAGUACCGGCGCGACAGGCUUCUAAGGCAGUGCAAAAACCAAAGAAAAUAGCAACCGCGCCUAGUCGUGUAGAUAAAAAGCAGACAAACUCAGUCGUUCCCGCUACAAAAGCAAAAGCAAAAUCUACUGCCUCAACAAAUAUUAAGCGGAACAAGCAGCCGAUUGUUCCUGCAGAUAUCUUUAUAGCCUCGAAACAAGCAACAAGUGAUAACGAGACACAUAACCAUAAUCAAGCUCGCCCAUCGAAGACUGCUGCCCUGAUAAAAGAAGUAAAAUCCACAAAACAAAUAUCGGAUGAUGAGGACGAUCUAGAUAUGGAUUUAUCUCUUGCUCCUCUCAAGGUAAGUGUGACGAAAAAAGUUUUAAGCGAUGACGAAGAUGAAAGUAUCGUUCCGCUUCGAACAGCGCGUGGCCGUUCGACAAGACUAGCCUCCAAUUCCAAGCCGAAGAAGCCUGUAUACAUUGACUCGGAUGAAGAGGAGACGGGUGACGAGCAAAACGUAUCGUCCAUGGAGGAUGACUUUGAUGAGAGUGAAUAA